AUGGAAAAUGGCGAAGCCAGCGGGCGCACCGAUCACGACCGGCCGAGCACCAAUGUUAACGGAGUCGUGGAUCAGACCGGUGCGCCCGACGUCAAGGGCAAGGGGAAGACCGCCGCCAGCUUCUCGGACACGCCGCGCAUGAACGACCUCCCAGACGACAUUGUCCACAUCACGCAGGGCUUCGUCCCGCUCUCGGCGUUCCUCACGCGCCUGGCGCAGCUUACACACAACUCGGUGCAGGAAAAGAUGACGGAGCUGGCCAAGAUGCCAAUCCCGGCGUCGGCGGUGAAUGGCGGCGCGACCAACUUCACGGCAAGCGCGCCCGAUGACACCUCGGCUGAGAACCUGCGGAAAAAGGCUGCGCUGCUACACUUUACGCAAGAUAUGCACGCAAAAUGGGUCAAGGCACUCGUCAUCAUGGAAUGGAGCCGCCGGGCGCCACAUGUUAGCAAACUGAUUGAUUUGAAAUUCCAUAUGGACCAGCUGCGCAUUUUCUAUGACACAUGCGUGGAUAGUAUGGUCAAUGUCAAGCGAGAUCUGUCGUAUGCGCGCAUGCCUGCCCCGGAUCUGAAGACGGCCCUGCAAAUAUUGUCCACCGGAAGUGCUCCAUGGAUACCAGACCAUCAAUAUAUAGAACCCCCUCCCCUGACGCGUCGCGAGAAGUUGCGCUGGAUCAAAGAUUUAAAUACACGCUUGUCCCUGCGACUCAACUUGGACGAUUACGAUAAAAUACCAUAUCAGUUCCGCAACUACGAGAUUGGCUCUGGCCGCGUCACAUUCAAGGUCCCUGACGAGUUUGAAGUGGAGCUGACGAUUGCUGACGAAGACUCUGAGAAGCAAUUCUGGUUCAUCGAUUUCCGAUUCGCAUUCAAACCUUCAGCCCUGUCUCUCUCUGAGGGAUUGCGAAAUUUCUUGGAGAGUUAUGUCAACGAUUCGCUGGCGAGGAAUGGCCUAGAGGGGUGCUACCAGUUCUUACACGAACUUGUGCUAACAGCCAAGAUAACCGAGCUCAAGCGCCAGGCUCUGCAGCUGAGCAGAACCUCAUGGGACGGUACUAUUGUGGUUGAGCCGCUCAACCGUGCCUUAGCGAUUCAGUACUGGUCAUCGCGUGCGUCUGCGACGAAGUCGUGGGUGCUCAUUGCCAUCAACAGCGGAAAAAAGAAUGGCAAGAUGGAUGCGAAGUCGCCGAGCCACUUGGUUGCAAAGUGGUACAGAGACAACAAAGAGGUCACGGAUGUAAAGCUGGUUCUUGACGUUGGCAACCUCUCAGCCGAAUCCCUGCUCAAGGAAGUGAUUGGACGACACAUUGGAUAUAUUCUGCAGAGCAUCCGUGACAAGCUGCUCGAGGCACCACGCUUCAAGCAACAUGAAUCGGCCAUGACCUUGCGCAUCUCGAACAGAAAUCCUGGCAACUGCAUGCUCACUACGCAGAUCAGCCAUAACAAUACGACGACACUGCUGGUGGAACCAACGACGGGCAUAUUUGCCGUAAAGCCGCAGUCGAAGUUUUCAAUUCAAUACGAACAUCAACUUAACAACGGCAAAAAUUCUGCCGACGACGGCGCUGCAUGCCUGGAGAAUGUACGCUGCGCCAUGAUGGAGGACGAGCUGCACCGCCGCGGCAAUGUCUUGGGCUGGCAGACGCAAAAAUCGCCUCUUACGAUGGAGGAAACAAAAACUAUCACAAAAAUGCGCGAGUGGACUCGCACAAUCUGGAUGCGCAAGCAGGGCUGGGGGCAGAGCUGGUACGUCGCUAUUCUGCUCGGCCUCGGCGGCGACGAGUGGUGGUUGCUGGAGGCAAACCGCGAUGAACCAGGCCGUCCCGUCAAAUUUCAAGCCAGGCUGCCACUCAGCAAGGGACACCCAGAUCUCUCCUAUGCCUUCUGGAGCCACCUGACUAUUUUCGCAACUGGCAUGAUUUCGCAGGCAGUCGACAUGCGCGAACUGCACCGCCUUCGCAUCAAGAGCCGGGUAAGCAACAGCAGCGACCUCGCGCUGCCACAGCAGAUUCACCUGCCUUCUAUUCAAGUCGCUUUGUCAGCCAUGUUUCCCAACAUGGUCCAGGACGGUGGCUCGAAACCGGCUGGUCGCCAAUCAUGGGCAAACGACGUGGUCACUAUUCGGUUCAAAGGUAUUGAAUCAAGCGACGACAGCCUGACGUGCGUAUCAGAAGCUGUGCUCCGCGUGCGUAAGCCGUCCAAGUUUGCCGCGCUGAAGGGAACCGUCGAUGGGAACCUCUCGUACAAUGCCAAGGUAGGCGAGUUCUGCCUCUGCGUGCAGCACGGCAUGGGUGAGCCAGUCCUUGCGCUCCUCAAGUCACGGAUCCAGGCUAUUGACCGAUUCGUCAACUUCUUGGAAGCCAUGGACAAGGCCAAGGGAUCGAUUGUGGGCGAGUUGGUGACACUCAAGGAGAUUCGGUUCCUGUACCACCAAGCUGGCAGCGGCAGCGACAGCAAGCAGUGGCGCAUCACGUUGGACCUCUCCAAGGACGAUAUCGCUAUCAAGAUUGACUACGGCAACCCGCACCUGCGCGUCGUCGACCUCAUGCAGCAGCUCGUCAACGGCGACGGCGGCAUUGGAGCCCUUAUGGGAUGGCUCCCCGUGUCGCUGCAGGCGCUGGAGGCUAUCAGCAGCAUCGAGGCCCGCUGGGAGGAGCCACAGCACAAACGCCUCGGCCAGGUCGAGAUUGCCAUGAAGACGUUGUCGUGGCUGAGCCUACAGUACACUGUGGCUGCCGCUGGCUCGUCGGGUGCCAAGAAGCGCGUCAUCUUGCAGGUUCGCACCAAGACGCGACGCGGGGAGACUUGGUGGCACGUGUGGCGCGACGAUGACGGUAGCAGUGACGAUGCCUACGGGACGGCACUCAAGGCUGUCUGGGACGGCCGUGGCGAAGGUUGGAUGGGCCUGUCGACGGGCGCCGCAGCACGCUCCGAGGGCGGCAUCGUCGCCAUGCUGCUCGCGGUGGACGACGCGAUGCGCUCUGUCGCCCUCGUGGACGAUGGCUCCACGGCGACGGGGACGCAGCCCUCGACGACGAACCCGUCCUUUACGCAACCUACGACGCAGAGCCAAAACAGCGGUAGGGACGUGGUGGUUUUGGAUUAG